GCAUCCCACAUUCCCACCAAAAGAAAAGAAUAUGGCCAGGCCGAAAUUUCCACCAAAUGCAUUUGGAACCAAAAGCAAAAGAAGAGAAAGAAAGAAAGGAAUUUGGAACCCAAUUCCCACUCAACUGAGAAACCACCAAAAUUUUGAGAUUUCCCUGAGCAGAAUUUUGCUGGUUCAACCAUGGCUCAGCACAAGGACUCCCCUUCUACAUAUACUACUACUUCUGGACCUCCUUAUGACGUGUUCCUCAGCUUCAGAGGUGCAGACACCCGAAAGAACUUCACUGAUCACCUGUACACGGCCCUUCUCAACGCCCCAUUUGUAACUUUCCGGGAUGACCAACUCGAGAGAGGGGAGAAUAUCUGGGAAGAACUAAAGAAAGCAAUUCAUCGGUCGCGAAGUUCUGUGAUUGUGUUUUCGAGAGAUUAUACCUCUUCCGAUUCGUGUCUGGACGAGCUUGUUGUGAUCCUUGAACGCAAGAAGAACUCCAAUCAUGUCGUGUUCCCGGUCUACUAUGAUAUUGGUCCUUCUGAACUGGGCAAGGAGGCAGAAAGUCUUUCAAAGAUCCGUAAAUGCCAUGAAUAUCAAUCACCUCAGAAGUUGAAGGGAUGGCGGGAAGCACUUAAGGAAGUGGUAGAUCUAGCAGGAAAUGUUUUAAAAAAUGAAGCUGACGGGCACGAGUCAAAGUUCAUCCAAAAGAUUGUUACAGUGAUUCAAGACAAGCUAGGUCGUGUGCCCCUGACCCAUGUCCAGGAGGAGUUACAGAAGAAGUUGUUGGAAAUUAAGCGUUACCUCGAUGACGCCGAGGGAAAGCAACUGAACAACCGAAAUGUGAAGGCAUGGUUCAAUCACUUCAAUGAGCUUAAAGGAGCUGUCUAUGAUACCGAGGACCUAUUGCAGGAGAUCAAGACAGAAGCAUUAAGACGAAAGAUGGAGCCUGAAUCUGGAAGUAGCACGAGUAAGGUACAAGACGUCAACUCCAGUCUUCCAUCUCAUGCUUUUGACUCAACAUUAAUUUACCCCAGGGUAAAGGAAGCUCGUAAUAGACUAGAUUCCAUUAUGAAGAGAAAAGAUGACUUGGGUUUGGAAGCAAGUGCUGGAUACAGCGUAUCGCAAACACUACAGUCAACUUCUUUGGUCGAAGACUCUGGUGUGUGUGGCAGAGAUGACGAGAAGGAGACACUUAUUAAACUGUUGCUAUCAGAUGAUGAGAAAAGCAAUAAGAUAAGUGUGAUUCCCAUUGUGGGUAUGGGUGGGAUCGGAAAGACCACCCUUGCCCAGCUUUUGUACAACGAUGAUAGAGUUGAACAACAUUUUGACAAAAAAGCAUGGGCUUGUGUUUCUGAAAAAUUUGAUGUUCUUCGGAUCUCACAACAAAUUUAUGAGUCCCUUACUUUAAAGGCCUGCGACGUUCAGUACUUAGGUCCACUUCAGUCAAAAUUGGAGGCGGAAUUGAAGGGGAAAAACGUUUUCUUUGUUCUUGAUGACGUGUGGAAUAAGAUUUAUACUGAAUGGGAGGUCUUAAAGCUUCCUUUUAAAUCUGUAGCACCUGGAAGUAAGAUUAUUGUCACAACACGCAAUCAAGAUGUUGCAAAUAUGGUGCGUACUCUUGAAGCUCGCUGUCUCGGGCCAAUGCCCGAGGAAGAUAGCUGGUCAUUAUUUGAAAAACAUGCCUUCAAAAAUAUAGGUGAUGAUCCACGCUCACAUCUUGAAAAAAUAGGUAAACAAAUUGUACGAAAGUGCAAUGGUCUUCCUUUGGCUAUUAAGUCCCUUGCGGGUCUGUUAUGUUCUAAAUUAGAUGUGGAGGAAUGGGAAAGUAUAUUGCACAGUGAGAUGUGGGAGUUGCCAGAGGAGGAGAGCAACAUUUUGCCAUCUCUUUGGUUGAGCUUUAAGCAUCUGCCUCCACAUCUCAGGCGUUGUUUUGUGUAUUGCUCGAUAUUUCCCAAGAACUAUGAGUUCAAAACAUCAGAAUUGGUUUACUUGUGGAUGGCUGAAGAUCUAUUGCAACCCACAAGAAACAAAACAGCAGAAAAAGUCGGACAAGGCUACUUCAAUGAUCUAAUCUCAAGAUCAUUUUUUCAACUUUCAUCAACAUCUGAUGAAUAUUUCAUCAUGCAUGACCUUAUCAAUGAUUUAGCAAGCUUUGUAUCAGGAGAAUUUUGUUUUAGGUGGGAGGGCAGUGAUUCACCCAACAAUUUGAGCAAGACUCGUCACUUUUCAUGUAUGGCGGAAUAUCUUACUGCAGAGGCUGAUAGCCUAGAGAUGUUUGAGGCUUUACAGCAAGCUAAAUGUUUGCGCACCUUUCUAAAAUUAGAUCCAUAUUCGUGGAGAAGUCUCUACGAGGCAUUGCCAAAGUUUCAAUGUUUAAGAACGCUCAAGUUAAAUGCAUGCGAUAUUGAGAAAUUGCCUGAGUCAAUUAACAACUUGAAACAUCUUAAGCACUUGGACUUGUCUGACAGUGCCGGCGAAAGGUUACCUGAUACAAUUUGUACUUUGUAUAACUUGCAAGUGUUGUUGUUGUCAGACUGUGAAGAGCUUACUGAACUGCCAGCCAACUUGGGAAGAUUGAUCAACUUGAGCCAUCUGGAUAUUACAAAUACACCGAUAGAAAAGAUGCCACCACAAAUGGGUAAUUUGACAGACCUCCAGAUGCUACCAAAGUUUGUGCUGGACAAAGACACUGCUGGGGAUAAUUUGGCAGAGUUAAAGGAGCUUGAAAAAUUGCGUGGAAGUCUUAGAAUAUCACCGCUUGUGCAUAGCAGCGGUUUGGAGGCCUACAUACUGAGGGACAAGGAGUUUCUUAAGGAACUGGUUUUGGAUUGGGGAUGGGAACGACUACCUUGGGCACGAAGUCUGGGUUGGAAUAGGUAUGAAAGUGAAGAAGAAGGCAAUACUGUAGAAGAGGAAACAGAAGAGUCAAGUGAAGAAGGCAAUACUGUAGAAGAGGAAAUAGAAGAAGAAGAGUCAAGUGAAGAAGGCAAUAAUACUGUAGAAGAAAAAAAAGUGCUUGAGAAGCUCCAACCUCACCGGAACCUGAAAAGGCUUACUAUUACAGGUUAUGGAGGCAAAAUGUUUCCAGGUUGGUCAGGAUAUUAUUCUUCCUCUGCUCUUGUUUAUCUUAAACUUAAAUAUUGUGAGAAUUGUAUCUCCUUGCCACCAUUGGGACAGCUACCUUUCCUCAGAGAGCUUUGUAUAGAAGGGUUGAGUGGGUGGCAAGAAUGGUCUGAUGUUGGAGGUGACAAUAAUGAAGGUGGGCAUUUAUUUCCUAAUCUUGAGAAGCUUGAAGUAGAAUCCUGUCCCAAUCUUACCGGGAGAUUAGCGUCAGACAGCCUCCCAUCUCUUGAGUCUUUGACGGUAUUUAAAUGCCCAGAAUUCGAAUGUCUUCCGGAAGAUGGAUUCCCGUCAAAGUUAAAAUCACUUUACAUCAGGGGCCGUAAAAAAAUGAAUGCAAAGAGUAUGCAGAUUUUGAACAAGGAUCUCCGAACACUCACCUCUCUUGAAGAAUUGGUACUUGCUUUUGACUGCGACAAAAAUGUAGAUGGGUUUGCGGAGGGGCUGUUUCCCACCACUCUCACAUCUCUCGGGAUCUGGCAUCUGGAUUGUGAGACCAUCGACGGCGCCAAGUGGUUUGGCCAUCUCAACUCUCUUCAAACCUUGACGAUUUGGGGUUGCCCUGCUCUGCAGUUCUUGCUAGAUAGUGGGCUACCCUCUUCUCUUCAAUCCUUGAAGAUUUCCGACUGCCCUGCGCUCCGGUGCUUGCCAGAUAGUGGGCUACCCACUUCUCUUCAACGCUUGGACAUUUGGAGUUGUCCUGCGCUCCGGUGCUUGCCAGAUAGUGGGCUACCCACUUCUCUUCAAUGCUUGGAGAUUCGGAGCUGUCCUGCGCUCCGGUGCGAUAGUGGGCUACCCACUUCUCUUUCUUUUCUACAAAUCUAUGAAUGUCCUUUGCUUAAGGAACGGUGCCAAAGAGAGACGGGUGAAGAUUGGCCCAAGAUUGCUCACAUCAAGCACAUAACGAUCAAUGGGUAUCCGAUAUGACAGCGACAGAGGGCUUGCGUUCUGAUCAAUUUGGCCAUGUCCCAGAGGGCUUGCAUAUUCUGCGUGUAAGAUCCUAUUGUUUGAACUCAUUCUAGGGUCUUGCUUGAACUCAUGAUCGAUGGGUUUGACAAGGACAUGCCAUAUGAAGGAGAAACAGUCCAUUUCCAUUUCCUACGCAGUCUAGUGGAAAGUGAGCAAAAUUUCUUGAUAUGUUAAGACAGAGAGAUAGGCCAAGGUUAAGAUUGCUCGCAGGACCAAUAUUGCCAUGUCUUGAUGUCUGAGUUCUUCUCAUCUGCUUGUGGACUGUUCUUUAUCUCCUGCACUCAUUCACACUGUUUCCAAGCACAAUGAAAAUCACAGAGAGCCAAUUUUGGUGUGAUAUCAGCUUCCUAGACGUUACAAGUUUACAACUAUAUGCAGUGCUGCCUUGAGCAUCUCAUAAUACUCGUAGCUGUUGGACCCUUAUCUCGGUAACCAGUUAUGAGACCUGCCAAAAGUAAAAACAUCUCAUAAUACUUGAAAUCAGUUCUUCCAAAAAAGAGACUGUUGCAAACAAUUUGCAGAGUGUGAAGAAGGGUCUCCUAAGUCGUAACAGAGCAAGGAGAAGAUUGUCCCAAGAUUGCUGACACUGACAUUUAUCAAUAUCGAUAUGAAGUGGUUGCGAUGUCUUGACAUAGUUAUAAUAAAUUAAUAAUCAUCUAAUAAUCUGUCAGAUGCAGUAUAAGUAAGAAAAUAUUUUUGAGGCUCUCUACUGUUGGACCUCCUGGAGAGUCACCUUCUCGGAGAGGGAAGAGAGGUUAAUUAAUUAAGACUGCUCUCAUCCCCAACAUUGUCAAGAUUUGCAUUGUCCUGAUAGUCCCGGUAGCAGUGCUUCUACUAAUGGGGAGUGGUAAUUUUUUUGGUGGGAUUCCUAUGCCUUGGAGGGGGGCUAACUGAUGAAAGCUCCAUCUUCUAGGCAGCCAGACUUGGAAAGAGCAGAAAGGAAGUUCCCAGUUUGUAGUGACUAGUGAUCCAGAGUUCUAUAGAUAACAGGAUACUUGGCUCCGAUGAUUGCCUACAUACCCAUGUCACUUUCUUUUUCUUGUAUAAUAACUGAGAUGGUCUUUGCAAAUACAAUGCUGCCUGAGUGAAACUGGAGAGAGGAAGGGAGGGAGGGAGAUUGGCCCAACACAUGAUGUGCAAGAUCAUAAUUGGUUUUAGCACUAAGGAUAAGGAAUUGAAGGAUUAAAUCGUCUCACUAAAGGUCAUUGCUUAUCUCUAUGUUCCAUUUGAUCCUGAGCCUUAGCUGCAUCGUGGAAAAGAUGGAAAGAGGGAGAGGUGAAUUAUGAUGUGUGAUGUCCUGAUAGUCCCAGUUGCAGUGCUGCCACUGAAGUAGAAUUACAGUAAUCAGCGAAGAAACUUGGUGUCCCUGGCAACAGACAACACUUGGUUUGAAUGAUAAGAACUGUCCUUACUGGCCCAUAAACAAUACGGGUACUAGAAUUGAGUUUAUACUUUCCCUUUUAAUGGGCCAACUUCUGGAAUUUGGAUCCUCUUUUCAUCAAAGUUUCUCUGGUUAUUUGUAAUGCCGCCAGCUGCAAUUGAAUGGUUGGCACUCUUCUACUUUCUCAGGAACAAUAAAGUCAUUGGCAAAAAACUCGAAGUUGUGUGUGGAAAAAAAGAUGACAUGAGGACGAACAGUAUUGCACCUUCACUAUGGACCUCAUCUCAACAAGGAAAAUUUCACCUGAUUCUAGGACACUUUAAGAUGCCAGUGAAGGAUCAUUUCCUUUUACAUAAAUUGGAAAAACAAUACUCCUGUGUAGUCGCCUAGCCAGCGAGGGUGGGGAUGUUUCCCAGCACUCUCAAAAUUCUCCCGAUCAGCCGUCUGAAUUGUGAGACCAUUGACGGCGCCAAGUGGUCUGGGCAUCUCAACUCUCUUCAACAAUUGGUGUUUGCGAAUUGCCCUUCCCUCCGGUGCUUGCCAGAUAGUGGACUACCCUCUUCUACAAAUCCAUGCAUGUGUCCUUUGCUUGAGAAACGGUGCCAAAGAGAGACGGGUGAAGAUUGGCCCAAGAUUGCUCGCAUCAAGCACAUAGAUAUCAAUUUCGGAACGAUAUGACAAGAACAGUUCUAGGGCUUGCAUUCUGAUCAAUUUGGCCACGUCUCAGAGGGCUUGCAUACUCUGCAUGUAUCCUAUUGUUUGAAAUCAUUGUUGAUUUCACAGUUCUAGGGUCUUGCUUGUUAUUGUGAGAAGAUCAAAUUUUUAGCUCACACUCUACAACAGGUUAUUGAUCUCGAUGAACUAGACUAAGCUGAAUAGAACCUAGGUUUAAGUCCAGUAAAAAUAAAAGUAAUUUCCUGGUCGUAAUUUUAUAAGCCUAGAAGAAAUGGCUUGAAUGUAACAUGGAAAGGAUGUGUUGCCUGAAUAUUAUUCUUCUUAUUUUCCUGGUGUUAUUGUCUAUGAAUUCAUACUUUCAAGCAGAAAGUGUAUCA